GGGAAGUUCGAGUAAGCAUUAGUUUCCCGCACACUGGUCCGAUAGCCGGUCGUAAAUUUCGGUGAGACUUCUAAUAUUUUUACCUCCAAGGAUGAUUCGCUUAAAACAGAGGAAUAUUGGCUAUUUCAUGAUACUUUUCAUUCUCUCGUUGUUCUCACUAUCGAAAUCCCUGCCUGUCAAACAGUCUGACAAUUUCCAACCAGGCAAUGACCUGGUGAACUGUUUGAACGAAUCAGCAGAUCCGUGUAACGAUUUCUACGAGUACGCGUGUGGCCAGUGGACCAAUCAGCAUACUCCAGCCGAGGGAUUCCCAAUCUGGUCAAACUGGUACCUGAUUUCGCACAGCGUACGACCUAAGAUAAAGGAUUUGUUGACCAGAGCAAAUUCAGAAACUGACAUUGAAGCCAUUCGAAAAGCUCGAAAGGUUUAUCAGGCGUGCAUGAAUAAAGACGCAAUUGAAGCAGCUGGUGCAAAGCCUGUCAUAAAAUUAGUUAAUGACAACGGAGGAUGGCCACUUGUAAUGAAGUCCGACGAAUGGAAAGCGAAAAAUCUGACUUGGCAACAAAUACAUUCUAGGUUUCUCAAGACUCUGGGAGUUGAAGCUUUAUUUGCGAUUCAAAUGCCACCGGACGUUAAGAAUUCUUCAAUCACCAGACUUGUGGUUUCUGAACCAAAUCUGGUUCUAAAGAAAAAGGAAUUGGUUGAUUCAAAGAAUUUUAGGCAGUCUUUCGCCUACACCGGUUACAAACUCAGAGUUACUGAUAUAUUCCUCAGAAGAUCAUCGGUUGAAGAGGAGUUAGGAAACGUUUCACUGCUAGUGGAACUGAACAAUUUUGAGAAGGAACUAGCAGAGAUUACACAUGAUGAACAAGGUAUCAACAACAUCGAUGAAUGGUAUAGUCUGAUGACAAUCGACGAGCUCCAAGAGUUAUAUGACAGCGCAAAUAUGACAAGUCCAACUGCGCAAAUUAAUUGGCUCGAGACAAUUAGGGAUAUGUUUACAUUAACUCCGGAAAUCACAGUGAAUGGAUCGGAACCGAUAAUUGUACCGGGGAAAGAGUUUUUUCCAAAAUUUGCUGCCUUGCUGAAUAAAACUGCACCGGAGACUAUCGUUAAUUACAUCGUAUGGUGUGUAAUUACGGAUGUCUCUCUUUACGCCAAUGACGAGCUAAGAAUGCUGCUGUCAGAUUUCAAUAAUAGACGCGUUGGGGCAGAUCCAAUUGGAACCAGGGAAUACGACUGUGUGUCUUUGGAGCAGAUGGGGCGGGCGGCUUCAUACUUAUUUGUUAAGGAACACUCUUCGGAAGAAUCGAAAGAGGCGGUCCAAGAAUUAGUGGGGAAUAUUCAAGAAGCUAUGAAAAACUAUAUCCAACAAUCAACUUGGCUUGAUAAUGAGACGAAGAAUCUGGCUACUGAGAAAAUCGAUGCCAUCAUUAAAUUCAUCGGUUAUCCAGACGAAUACACUGAUAGUAAUAUCAAUGAAUAUUACGCAGAGUUUACACCAACAGAUAGUUAUUUCGAGAACGAAAUGAGGAGCCGCGUCUUUCAGAUGAAAAGAGCAUUAAGAGAAUUACGUAAGCCGACAAACAAGAAAGAAUGGCCAGUCGAACCGAAAGCUAUCAAUGCUUAUUAUAUACCUGUUCUGAAUACAAUGGUGGUACCAGCUGGAAUUCUUCAGCUACCUCUCUUCAGCCAAAACAGACCUAGCGUGAUGAAUUAUGCAAUGCUUGGAACAACAAUUGGCCAUGAAAUAUCACACGCUUUGGAUAACAGCGGCCGUCGGUUCGACAAAAAUGGUAAUGUGGUCACUUGGUGGUCGCAGCCGAAUAUUGACAAAUAUGAAGAGCAAGCAGAAUGUUUUGUAAAUCAGUUCAAUAAUUAUACGAUAUAUGAAAAUGACAGGAUUAGGAUUCCGGUGAAUGGAACCUUGACGUUAGAAGAAAAUAUAUCGGAUUCCACUGGAUUACAAGUGACUUGGGACGCGUACAAGAUGUUUCGUGAUAAACAUGGCACCAGUGGUUUGAACAUCUCUGAAUUGGAGCGAUUCACUGAUGAUCAGAUAUUUUUCCUGUCAUUCGGAAAUUUGUGGUGUGCAUAUGAGAGUGAUAUGUAUCUUCAGCAAUACAGCCCUGAAGACGUCCACAGUCCUGCAAGAGCUCGAAUCAACGGUGCUGUCUCCAACAGCGCAGCUUUUGCAGCAGCUUUUAAUUGCCCAGAGAAUUCCUCGGUAAAUCCUUCGAAAAAAUGCAAUAUCUGGAAAUGAAUUGUAAAUAUUAAUUGCAAAUAAAAUUCAAACCUCCAGAUAAUUGGAGGCGCAAUGUUUAAAAAA